AAACAAUUAGUGAGGUCGGAGUUAUCGAUGACGCGCUCCGAUAUAUUAUCUGACUCAUCAAGCACUACCUCAACGCAUAUCAAAUUCGAACCCAAUAUACACGCGAAUCCUCCAGCAAAAUUGGAGCGCCUACAGUGCUGGAGCUACCUCUGAAGCCAUGUUCAGAGACACGGACGGCGACGCGCGGUCAAACUUCUCUACCGCCUUCACCGCCACAAUCCCUCCGUAUGCUCCCCUAGGCGUCUCGAACAACGCUCUAGACGACAUAUACGGCUCUGCGCCUGCAUCUCCGACUCUUUCCUCUCACGACCCCUCGGCCGAGCACACCGAGCUCCUGAACUUUCAAACUCACGAAGCUCUUUCGGACAUCCCGGCGAUACGGAGAUCGCACAAUACCGCAGGGUACAGAGAGGGCGUGUCCACGAGUAAAGAGAAGUUCAUACAAGAAGGAUUUGACGAGGGGUAUGCUCUUGGUGCUUGUUUAGGCCAAAAAGUGGGGUACAUUUUGGGUGUUCUUGAGGGAAUUGUCACAGCUCUCAGGCGGACUGCGUCGGUCAGUAACGGGUGGAAAGAUGCACGAGCAUUGUUGGAAACAGCUAGGAAAGAUUUAAGAGUUGAGGUGCUUCUGGGCACGCAAUGGGUCGACGGUGAAGGUCUUUGGAAGUGGGACGUCCCUGGAGCCGAGACAGAGGGGGGGGUGACUUUUAUUGAAGUUGCGGACGCACAUCCGAUUCUGAAGAGCUGGGUUGGCAACACAGAGAAAAUUGCUCGGGAAUGGAGUGUUGAUCUAGAAGCACUGCAAGGAAGAGAGCAAGAAGAGCAAAUUGAAUCCUGAAAACCGCCAAACGGCACCGAACUCUUCACGAACCCACAAGUCGCCUUUAGACCACUGGGUUCACUCGAGAUGCUAGUCAGAAACACAACUCUUCAACCGCCGUUCAGGUCCAGGCCCUAGAAUACUCGGAUUAUGGUAGGUCACCU